UCUCUUAGGCGCCGCGGGCGCUCGGUUGCCACGGCAACGCGCCGCCGCCCGGGGCAUGCCGGGAAGGGAGGCUGUGCUCGGUGGGAUUCGCGGCCUGGCAGGCGGAACUGGUACACUGGUCCCACAGGUCGCUGGCCGCCAGUGGCAGCUCCCCGCUCCGCCUCGGGGCGGGCCCCCCAAACACAUUCGCAGACGGAAGUGGUCGGCGCGGCCCUGCCGCGGGGCUUGGUGGGAGGACCAGAGCGAGAGGGACCGUCCCCCUGUCCCCGCGUCCCCCUCGUGGGCCUGGCACACACGCGCCAGAAGCAGAACCCCGUGACCCGGAAGCAGAAACCGGAGCCAGAGCGAGGCGGGCUCGGGACCAGCAGCCGCCAUGGCCCUGAUCUGCUCGAUUUCGAAUGAGGUGCCUGAGCACCCCUGCGUGUCUCCAGUGUCAAAUCAUGUCUAUGAGCGCCGGCUGAUUGAAAAGUAUAUCGCUGAGAAUGGCACUGACCCUGUGAACAACCAGCCGUUAUCGGAAGAGCAGCUUAUUGACAUCAAAGUUGCCCACCCAAUACGACCCAAGCCACCCUCUGCUACCAGCAUCCCGGCCAUUUUGAAGGCCCUCCAAGAUGAGUGGGAUGCUGUUAUGCUGCAUAGCUUCACGCUUCGCCAGCAGCUGCAAACCACCCGCCAGGAGCUGUCACAUGCGCUGUACCAGCAUGAUGCUGCCUGUCGUGUCAUUGCCCGUCUCACCAAAGAGGUCACCGCUGCCAGAGAAGCCUUGGCCACUCUGAAACCCCAGGCUGGCCUCAUCGUUCCCCAAACUGUGCCAUCUGCGCAGCCUAACGCUGCGGGUGCUGGAGAGCCAAUGGACCUGGGAGAGCUAGUGGGCAUGACCCCCGAGAUAAUCCAGAAGCUUCAAGACAAAGCCACGGUGCUGACUACGGAGCGUAAGAAGAGAGGCAAAACGGUUCCAGAGGAGUUGGUGAAGCCAGAGGAGCUCAGCAAAUACCGCCAGGUGGCCUCGCAUGUGGGGCUGCAUAGUGCCAGCAUCCCAGGGAUCCUCGCUCUGGACCUCUGUCCAUCUGACACCAACAAGAUCCUCACUGGUGGAGCAGAUAAAAAUGUCAUUGUCUUCGACAAGAGCUCAGAGCAGAUCCUGGCAACUCUCAAGGGACAUACCAAGAAGGUCACCGGUGUAGUGUUUCACCCCUCUCAGGAGUUGGUGUUCUCUGCUUCUCCCGACGCCACUAUCCGCAUCUGGUCUGUCCCAAAUGCUUCGUGUGUACAGGUUGUCCGUGCCCAUGAGAGCUCUGUGACGGGGCUGAGUCUCCACGCUACGGGUGACUACCUUCUCAGCUCCUCUGAUGACCAGUACUGGGCUUUCUCAGAUAUCCAGACAGGCCGCGUUCUCACCAAGGUCACGGACGAGAGUUCUGGCUGUGCUCUUACUUGUGCCCAGUUUCAUCCUGAUGGACUCAUUUUUGGAACAGGAACAAUGGACUCUCAGAUCAAGAUCUGGGACUUGAAGGAACGCACCAAUGUGGCCAACUUCCCGGGCCACUCCGGCCCCAUCACCAGCAUCGCGUUCUCUGAGAAUGGUUACUACCUGGCCACGGCCGCUGAUGAUUCUUCUGUGAAGCUCUGGGAUCUGCGUAAACUCAAGAACUUCAAGACGCUGCAGCUGGACAAUAACUUUGAGGUGAAGUCCCUCAUAUUUGAUCAGAGUGGCACAUACUUGGCCCUGGGUGGCACCGAUGUCCAGAUCUACAUCUGCAAGCAGUGGACGGAGAUCCUCCAUUUCACAGAGCACAGUGGCCUGACCACAGGUGUAGCCUUUGGCCACCAUGCAAAAUUCAUCGCUUCAACAGGCAUGGACAGGAGCCUUAAGUUCUACAGUCUGUAGCCUCUUCUCCCAGGAUCUGGGGGAUGGGGGCAUGUCCUUUGUUGUAGUGUUGGGGUUAAUGGGGGGGAGGCUGGGGAUCAGGAUAGGGUGGGUGGACUCUGGGGGUGGGUAACACUUGGGGGGGUGGGGGGUGGGCAGGAUGAUCAUUGCUUUCGGUGGGCUUUGGCCGCCUGCUUCAUCAGCAGGAAGGGGCUUCAUCCCCAGGCCAUCACAUCUCCUGCACUAAAUGGAUUUGUUUUCCCGGUUACGUGUUUUGUCUUUCCAGCUUAGAUUCCGUUCUGUGAUUGUAACAAACAGAAAAAAAACCCAUCCACUGACAGGCAUCUGUGAAUGAGAGCCCAGGGCAGGGGGGGAAGGGAAAGAAAGGGAAGAGGAGUGGGGUGGGUGGGAAGGAGAAUGUGCAUUUUUGUAAGCAGCUAUCUAGUUUCAUUAAAAAAAUAAAGAGCUAUUCAUCUUAAA